GACAGUUUGCCAAAAGGAAGAAGACUUCUCUUUGGUUCACAGUCUCUCUGCUGGUGGUGUCUGUUUUCAUCCUGACCAUAGGCCUGGCAGCUACCACAAGGACAGAAAAUGUUACUGUGGGAGGCUACUACCCUGGCAUUGUUCUUGGCUUUGGAUCUUUCCUAGGGAUUGUUGGCAUCCACCUGGUAGAGAACAGAAGACAAAUGCUAGUGGCCUCCAUCGUGUUUAUCAGCUUUGGCGUGGUCGCAGCGUUCUGUUGUGCAAUAGUUGAUGGAGUGUUUGCAGCACGACACAUAGAACCCAGACCUUUGUACAACAAAAGAUGCCAGUUUUAUUCAAGUGGAGUAGGAUUCCUGUAUGAUGCCUACCAGACAGAGGUGACAUGUUAUACAUUAAACAGCAAGUGCCAGCUGCAAGUAAGGAGUAACACAUGCUACUGCUGUGACCUGUACAACUGUGAGAACUCUGAGCAGUCUGCCAGCUACUAUGAGUUCCUGGGUGUGAGCAGCUGUCAGGAUGUUCUUCACCUGUACAGGCUGCUCUGGUCCUCCACAGUCCUCAACAUCAUCGGGCUCUUUCUGGGGAUUAUUACAGCAGCCAUUCUUGGGGCAUUCAAAGACAUGGUCCCUCUGUCCCAAAUUGCUUUCAGUGCUGCACCUCCUCCUCAGAUCCUGUACAACCCUGCCCAGCAGAUCCUGACCUACACUGGGUUCUGUCCUUCAGCAGCAGCUCUUUCUACAUAUCCAUCCUACCCCUUACCUCUUCAGCCUGCCAGCAAUUUUCCAGGAACAUCAUCUACUGACAUUUCUUUAUCAGAAGAAACUCAGCCUCCAUCUCAGUCCAGCUCCAGCUAUGGGCUUCCCCCCAAUGCUCCAGCCCUCUACACACCAACUUACUUCUUGCCUGGAGAAAAGCCUCCACCAUAUGCCCCAUAG